AUGAGGCACUCGGAUUUCGUCGAGACUGUCAUUCCUUUUCACAAUCGGAAUCAAAAGAUUUCUGCUUUGGCGACUGGAGACUGGCAAUGGCCUAGCAGCCUUUCUGCACUGCUUCCCUCAUCUCCAGGGGCUUUGGUGGUGAAGCGAUAUUCCAAACAAACCAACAAUUCCUCUCUGAGCUUGCUCCAGCAUGACCUGGAGAGGAGACUCAAGUUCAACUGGAUUGUUCCGAAAAAGCCAUUUGCUCGAACAGUGGCUGUUGUUGGCGGCCGUCCAAUGUACGAUGAGAUUCAGGGCAUGUAUGGCUCGAGGGGCUUUUUCGAAGCUGCUCAGGCUCUUGGCAUGUCAUUGAUUGUCUUUGAUGAGCCAAAUCACUGGCUGAAGAAGGACAAGUAUUCUCAUCUUCGCCAAGAAUUCAUCCCUGUUGAUAUGAGCAACAUCACCGAUCUACCACGGAGGAUGGCGGAUGCUCUCAAAGACAAGCAUGUGGACGGAAUUGUCACAUUCACGGACGGUUUCGUCAUAGCAACUGCUGAGGCAGCUGGGAUCUUGGGGCUUCCCACCGAGCCGCUGUCGAGUAUGAAAAAGGCACAUUACAAGCACGAGAUGCGCCGCCUUGUCAACAGGACCAACAUCCAGGCCAUGCAUCUGACCAGCGUGGACCAGCUAGAAGAUGCCAAGAUGCAGGAAAGCUUCCAGUCACUCAAAUACCCGCUGAUAGUGAAGCCAUCUCGUGGUCAGUUCUCCAGAGGCGUCAAGAAAGUGAGCGGUGAUGCAGCGAUGCGUCAAGCCGUUCGUGAACUUGAUAUAGAGGGCCUUAUGGAGCAAGGAGUACUUAUCGAGACAUACGUCGAUGGACCUGAGUUGGACGCCAACUUUGUGCUCUGGGAUGGUCAGAUCCUCUUCCUGGAAGUUACAGACAAUCUCCCAUGUCCUGGAGAUAAGAGCGCUGCUACUUCAGACGAAAGCUUUGUUGAGACAGUGCAAAUUUCUAACAGUGGCUUACCCGCCAACGAGUUGAGCAUUAUUCGAAACUCUCUCCACGACAGUCUCUUACAGCUAGGCUUUCGAUCUGGUGUUUUUCAUGUGGAAGCUCGGAUGCAAAACUCUUCAAUGCAAUAUCAAGACCUACGAGGCGACAACAUCCUUGAUCUAGCCCCCGUGAGCAGGUCUCGCGAACAAGACCCGGAUGUGUUCCUCAUCGAAGUCAACGCUCGCUCGCCGGGCACAGCGGGAACAUGGGCGAGUCUGUAUACUUACGGGGUAGACAUGGGUGCACUGCAGCUCCUCCACGCUGUUGGAGACGCAGAGCGUUUUGCCUCUCUCUCCCAACCCUUCUCCUCGAUUCUAGGCCGAGAUCAUGUUGAUAUUGGUGGAGGAGGAGGUGCACAGUAUUGGGGCGCGCACUGCAUGAUUCCCGUGCACCGAGAUCAUGUCUUUGUGCCACCUGGUUUUAUCGACAUGGUCCUGGCAGAGAUUCCGCACAUAUCUGCCCAUGUCUCUCGGGCAGAACUAUACGCGGAGGCGGGGACGUUUGUGUCUCCGGGUGAUUCAGCAUGGGUCGCUUACUUUUUGCUGUUUUCAAAGGUGGAUAGGCGGCAUCUGUUGGAGAUGUAUCACCUGGUAGCGCAGGUUUCUAAGAGGAUCUUGGACGAGCACGCACAUGGAGGACCGUGA